UACGACAGUUAAUGUUUUAAAUUGACGUUAUUUCGUACAUACAUGGAUUUCUUCGCGUUUUGAGGAGUUUUAUAAAAUAUUCAUGAUUAAUUUGGUAUUUUCAGGGUCUAUAUUAUCAUAUAACUGUAUAAUUUAUACGUAACAAUGAUUCAACAUAGUGAAUUUUAAGUGUUUCAUUACUAUUUUUUUGUGUUCGGCGCGGUACGCAUCCACCACGGUCGAAAUUGAUUCCAAAAUGGCGUCGAAUGUGCUACUAUAGAAUGCGUCAUAAAUAGAAGCAGUGCAUGUGUCUAAAAUGGCUAAAAAUAGAGGACUUACGUUGAGUUAGUUGCAGUAAAUUAUAAUGAAAAAUGUCAAACACAGUGAUAACUAAUUAUACAGAUCUUAAUGGACCUUCUACAAAAGCUGAUAGUUCUGUUGUUGUUAUUGUAAACAAGGAUGGAUCACUCUCUGUUGAUCAGAACUUACUUGGGACUUUAAUGGGCAGUGAUGGCUCCCAAGGAGCUGGUAUAAGUGUAGUACGUGUUGGCCAUGAAGGGAGGCCUGAUGAUGCUACGGAUUCCGAAACCGAAGAUGAUAAAGUGCCUCAUGUAACACUUUCUGUGGAUAGCUAUUAUGAUGAACCUAACAGUAUCAUUAAAUAUGAUAGUGGUGCUGAAAUGCUUCAGUCAUUGAGAAUAGAAACAAGAGAAAAUAGUUUAGUGGGUUUCCAUAAUGACCAUUGUUAUACCACCCUCACCUCCCCUAGUCAAACAUUACCACAAAGAAUUGAUAAUUACUCAGGAUAUGAUGAGCCACAAAUUGAAAUAACUCAUACGCCACCACCAAAACCUGUUCCAAAUACGAAGAAAAUUACUAUUCUAGAACAACAAAUUAUUCCAAAAGGUAAAAAGAUUGUAAUAAAUCCUACUGAAACCCCAGUAAUAUUAAAAGGUAGUGAUGUACUAAAUAAGCCAUUGACUGUAUUGUCGAAAUCUAAGCAUAUUUCUGAUGUAGGGAAGACUUCAAAUGUUGUCCGAAAGACUGAAGAAAAUGUUGAAUCAUCGUCAAUAAGUUCAUCUGGAGAUAGUAUUCCUGAUAGGGAUUCAGAUUCUGAUUAUAAAGAAUCAAGAGACAGAGUACCUACACAGAAAUUUAAAAGAAAUAAAUUAAAGCCAAGAAUUCUAAAAAGUGUAAAUCCUACAAAAGCCACUAAAAUAGACUCAAAAAUAACAUCUAGAUUGAAGGCCAAUAAAAAUCUUGUAAGGAAAGAAAACAAAGAAAAGUCUUCACAGAAAAAUGUCUUAGAAAAAAAACAACCUGAAAUUGACAUUGAAAGUCUUAUUCCCACUUCAGAAAUACCACAAGCUACUUCUACAGCUAAUGAUCUCAGUAAGAAUGUUUCUAAACCUACUCCUAAAUCAGUUAAAAAAGAAAAGAAAACACCAGCUCAUGUUACAGCUUUGUUGACUGAUAUGACAUCAUUAUUUUCUACACCAGAUGUUAUAAGGAGAGUGUCAACAGAUAAUAAAAUAUCAACCAAAACUGCUGAUAAAGAGGCUUUGCCUGGAGAUAAUAAAAAAAUAAGUGCUACUUCUAAGCCAAUAGAUGUAAAUGAAGGAAAAUUAGAUGUUAAACCUGACAAUGUAGAUAAACCUAAAACUAUGGUUUCACAUAGAACUUACUCCAAGCAAAAAGACAAAAUAAUAAAUCCUGCUGAAAAAGUUUCAAAAGGAUAUGAUUUGAUACCACAAUUAGAUGACGCAAGUUUAGCACAAAUAUUACAAGACACAACAACUAUUGCUAAUCCAGUUAAAAUUCAGCCAAAUAUAUCUACUGCAAAUACUCUUCCAAGUUUAGCUGGACCACUGUCUCCAACUCUAGAUUUACUUGGGGGAUUGCAGCCAGAAGAAGAAGGCUUAACUGAAGACUUGUUAAUGCAUGUUGCACAAUUGGUAGAAAGUUCAGAAAAUCUGCAAGAAGUUAUAGACAAACAAGUUUUAGGCAAAGUAGACAGUAACCCUAAAACUCCAGUACAAACACAAUUUCAACAAACACAAGCAUCAAAUAAUCUAUAUGCACAAACUCUUUCUAAAUCUGUUAAGAAUGUUGUAUCUCGUAAAGACCCUAUUGAAAUUGUUCGACGAGAUGGCCGUGUCAUUACUUUGCCACCUAUUGAGGCACCAGCUACCAGAGCUUCAAAACGAAAAAGUCAAAUGGAAACUACUACCAAUACUGAAACAUUGCCAACAUCAGUACCAGUCACACCUGUAACUAUUACACCUGAGCCCCAAUUGCAAACUGUAUCAAAACAGUAUAUAAAUAAAAAGCUUUCUAAUAAGAAACAAGAAUCACCAUCAGUAAUGCCAGUUGUUGAUAAAAUAUCUGCAGAAUCUCAAGAAAGCUGGAAUUCUGAAGAUGAUCCUAACAGGUUAUGGUGUAUAUGUAAACAGCCACAUAACAACCGAUUUAUGAUAUGUUGUGAUGGUUGUGAAGAUUGGUUCCAUGGUAAAUGUGUUAAUAUAACAAAAGCAAUGGGCCAACAAAUGGAAGAACAGGGUAUUGAAUGGAGAUGCCCUAAUUGCGUCAAGAAAACGAAACCAUCAUCUAAAACUGUUGCCAAAGUUGUAUCCCAAAAGAGAAGUGAUAGCGAAGGUGCAAUCAAUCCUCCUCCAAUUACUAAGGAUGCUUUGUCAUCAAAAACUAUUUGCAUAGUAUGUAAGAAGCCUGCCCGAGCUAGUAGUAUUUACUGUAGCGAUUCAUGCAUUUUAAAACAUGCUCAGGACUCUCUUGGAAGUCAAGGUAGUUCUAAAAGUGAAGGACAACAAGGAAAAUCUCAAGAAAAGCAAAAAUCAGACUCGAGGGUAAUAGUGUACGAACGUAAAUCUGGAAGGUUAUUGGCUGGACCUAAUGCCCCUACAGCAGAAAAUUUGAAAGCAUGGUUGCAAAAGAAUCCAACAUUCGAAGUUGUGCGUCCUGGAACUUUAAGUACCAUCAAACCUAAUGUAUCAAAACGGAAACUUUCUAAUGAACCAAAUAAAAUACAAACCACUCUCAACUUCGAGAAAAUCUCCCGAAAAUCGAUUGAACAGCCGUCUGUAACCCCACCUGCUAAGAUUCAUCAGAUUGAAAAUAAAGAAAAAAUUCCUAAAGAAAAAACACCAAAAGAGGAUUCAAAAACUAUUUCUCAACCUAAAACGCCUGUGACGCCUAAGUCACAAGCACUUUCAUAUAUUGACACCCCUAAAGCAAGCACAUCUUUUGCAAAAACUAUAAAUGAGCCACGUAAAUUGGUUCGCGCGAGUUUGAAUAGAUCUCAGUCAACACAUGAAAAGGUUCCUUCAGUCACAGCAUCAACAUCGCGCAGAAAAGACGUUUCAGAUAAUAAACGUAAAAUGAAUUCGCCCGAACCAAUACGUGAAAAUGUGAGGAAAGCGUUGCAAGAACAGUUGACAUUACGGAUGGCGGAACAUGAUGGACCUAGGUUCAGUGAGGAAGAAAUACAACAGUUUGCUUAUGAUACUGAAGACGAAUUGCAUGAACUAUUCAAAGAUGUGGGAAUGAAAUAUAAAGCAAAGUAUAGAUCUUUAAUGUUCAAUAUUAAAGAUCGCAAGAAUCUUUCCCUGUGGCAGAAAAUUUGUGAUCGCGUUAUUACACCCAAAGAACUGGUGAGGCUAUCUCCGGAAGAAUUAGCAAGCCAGGAAUUAGCUGAAUGGAGGGAUCAGGAGGCUAAACAUCAGCUGGAAUUGAUAAAGAAGUCAGAGUUAGAUUUAUUAGCGGCCAAUAAAACUUAUGUCUUAAAGACGCAUAAAGGAGAAGAGGUAAUGGAAACAAAGGAAUCCGUCUCUACAGAACUUGAUCCGAAUGUACCUGUGGAAGAUGUAGUAGCAGUUCUAAAUGACAAAACAGUUGGUGAAGAUGUUCUAAAUGAAAUUACCCAGGAACCAAAUACUGCCAAAAAGGAAAGCACAGAAAAAAAAUAUAGCAGCGGCAGAAAAAGGGGAAGAGAGGAUAGUAGCUCUAGUCAUACUAAAAAGAGCAGUAGAGAAUCUAAACGAGAUUCUGAGAAGAGAAAGUCUCGUAAAAAAACACUGGAUAUAAAAAGCAAAGAGUCUCAUGACGGUAGAAGGUCCACCCGUAGAUCAGAUAAGAAAAAGAGUCGAAGUACAAAAUCUGUUUCAAAAGAUAGAUCCAAUAAUGAAUCCAAAGAAAAAUCUGAUUCUGAAAGGUCUCGACACAGAUCUCGUUCAAGAGCGAAGUCUAAAAGGAGAUCGAAGUCUCAAGAACGUUCAAGAUCAACUUCAAAAGGCAGGGACGAAGAGAGAUCGCGAUCUAGAACGCGUUCAAGAAGACAUUCACCUUCCAACAGACUUUCGCCUUCAGAUAGUAGUAAAAGGCGACGAAGAUCUCGAUCUAAACACUCAAAUAGUACUGAUGAAAAGUUUAAGCAUCGUUCUAGAUCACAAGAAAAUACAUCAAGUAAAAAUAAAAAUGAUUCUACGGAUUCAGAUUCAGUUGAGCGGCCAAAGUCAGCAAUGUUAAAAGAGUCACAUCCUGAGUACGAUCCACAUGAACCUAUGAUCACUUCAGCAUUUUCUGAGGAAGAUUUGAGAAAAUCAAGAGAAGACGUAUUUGAAGAUAGCUACAAGAAUGAAAUUGAUGAUUUUGUUGGUGAAGAGUAUGAUCCAGCAAAAUCGUUUUCCAUUAAUACAAAUAUUACUUUGCCAAUUCCAAAGCCAUUGGGAAAACAAGAUAGGAUAUCAGAAGCAGAGAGUGAUCAAGAGCCAAGCAGUACCGUAGAGAACUCCUCAGCAAUUGUGUGGAAUGGGUGUAUCAAUAUGGUUGACGUGGCUAGGUUUUAUGUAGCGGCGCAUGAGGUUUCGGGAAAUGGUCAAGAUUUAGAAGAAGAUCUGAGCACAGAAUUGGACAUCGUUGGAAGAAUAAAUCCAGAUACGGUUUGGGAUUACAUCGGAAAAAUGAAGAGAGCUAGUAAUAAAGAUAUUGUAAUAUUAAAACUACAGGCUGCGAAUGAUGAAGAGAAAAUGCAAUAUAUUGCACUAUAUAGCUAUCUUAGUAGUCGCAAUAGGUUGGGUGUAGUGAAGGUGUCGAGUACAACGUCCGUAAAAGAUUUUUACAUUGUACCGUUGCCGGCGAAUACCACUUUACCGCCUGUAUUGCUUCCCCUCGAAGGUCCAGGGCUUGGAGAAGUGAAAACACAUCUUUUAAUAGCAAUAGUCAUUCGGCAAAGAAAAAAGCGCGUGGCUCCUCAUGUUCCUAAAGAUAUUGUUCCAGCAAAGGUAGCACGUGAGUCACGUAAACGGUCCUACACACCACCGAUAGUAAGCAGGAGUACAUAUACUCCUCCGACAUCACCGCGCCGUCGUCCUCUCCCAUUGCCAUCGUAUACUUCACCAGCGCUCUCUACUUCAGUUAAAGACAAAAUAGCCGCCUCUUUAGCAUCGGCAGACGACGAAGAAGCGUACAGUCCUGGCUCCUCAAGCAGCGACAGUAAUGCUCAAGUGCCUACUCCUACGCCGACUUCAAAUACGUUGCGAAAUAAAAUGGAAGAGCUCAAUAGGCAAAUCGAGGAACAAAAACAACAAAUUCUAAAAAUGGCCCAAGCAGAUUCCUCUCUUGGCGAAGAUGAAGCUUAUUCCCCGUCUCGACCUAUGACCCCACCGCCAGCUACAGUCGUUCCGCUUGCAGACAUAGCGUUGCCGUCAAAUCUGCAGGAAAUACUUGCCACAAUUAAACAACGAGAGACUACAACUGCUGAUGUCGAUAUGCGGACUCUAACUUUACCACAAUAAACAUUUUAUUUUAAUGUUACAUUCUAGUUAUACGCACAUAGUUAUAUGACUUUAGAUAUAAAAACUUCCCAGAAGCAUUUUAGUCUACUUAGACCUUACUAUAUUGAUAGAUAUUGCUAGGUAUUUUUUAUAUGUUCAUAUAUUUCCCUUAUUUACUAUAUUAUCGUGAAGAUAUGCACUAAAUUUUCUAAAUAGUUGAAUGAUCUAUGUCUAUGGAUUAAACGAUAAUUGUUAAGGCAUACAUAUGAGUUAUGUAAACAAUUUAUUAGUGUGCAAUAGAUAAAAGUAUUAUAGGAAUUUUCAACUAUAAUAUUGAACAUAAAAUUAUAUACAGUUGACUUCCCAUUUUUGUAUAUACAUUAAUGUUUAGAAAAAUUUGUUGUACAAAAUAUAGAGUAAUCGUUUAUGAUGUGACUUACACUUAGUACCAGUGGAAAAUUGAAAAUGAAUUUUUUCUCGUGAAAUACACAUUGAUGUGACGGAUGAAAGAAAAAUGUUAAAUGUUAAUGUAAGAUAAAAUAAAGACAUGUUUAAAUGA